UUCUGUAAAAAUGUGAGUAAAGCUCAACAAGAGUGGAGCUGUGAGUCAAAGUAACAUUACCAUGGUAUCCACAUGAGCAUGUUUGUUAUGUGGCACACAGAUGUAGAGAUUAAGGAUGACGGGGGGCUUCAGUUGGUCGAGUUGAACCCCAUCGACCCCUGGCUGGCUGACCCUCGAGAGCCUCUGGAGCUCCAGAAAGGAGAAGUCAAAGUAACGUACUUAACCCACGCCUGCAUGGAGCUGCAGCUGGGACAGAGGCGGUUCAUGUUCGACCCGUGGUUAAAGGGUCCUGCAUUUGCCAGGGGCUGGUGGCUUUUGCACGAGCCUCCAGCAGACUCCCUGGACAGACUGUGUGCAGCAGAUCUCAUUUACAUCAGCCAUAUGCACUCUGACCACCUCAGUUACCCGACACUGAAAGACUUGUCAAAAAGGAGGCCAGAUGUCCCCAUUUAUGUUGGUGACACACUGAGACCUGUCUUUUGGUAUUUGGAGCAAAGCCAAGUCCAGCUGACCAACAUCAAUGUCGUUCCCUUUGGUGUCUGGCAAGAUAUUGACGAACACCUGAGAUUCAUGAUCCUGAUGGAUGGUGUACAUCCCGAAAUGGACACCUGCAUCAUCGUUGAAUAUAAAGGCCACAUGAUCCUGAACACUGUGGACUGCACAAGGCCAAAUGGUGGAAGGCUACCAGAGAAUGUGGACUUAAUGUUGAGUGACUUUGCUGGGGGGGCAUCUGGAUUCCCCAUGACCUUCUCUGGAGGGAAAUACAGUGAUUCCUGGAAGGAAGGAUUUAUCAAGAAUGAAAGGAAGAAGCUGUUGAAUUACAAAUCUCAGCUGGUGAAGUCCCUGCAGCCCAGGAUCUACUGCCCCUUUGCUGGGUAUUUUGUGGAGGCUCAUCCAUCAGACAGAUACAUUAAGGAUACAAACAUUAAAAACAGUGCAGAGGACCUCAAUGCGCUCAUCAAUAAGAUCGCACCAGAAAUCAAGACAUGGACACCCAAGCCAGGCGCUGUGCUGGACCUCGGCCUUGCUCUGAGAGACCCCACUAACAGUGAGGCCAUCACCAGUCCCCCAGCCAGUGCAAAAAUCUACAAGGACAGUUGGGAUUUCGACAUGUAUGUGGAUGAACUGAACAGUGCCAUCAGUUGUGAGAUAUUUAAACAUCAAAGCUGGAUCCAGUUUUAUUACACCUGGGCAGGCUUUCAAAACUACAACCUUGUUAUUCGGAUGAUUGAGACAGAUGAGAACUUUCAACCCCUUACUGAUGGCUAUGACUACUUUGUGGACUUUGUGGAUCUGUCGUUCCCCACCAAGAGGCCUGACAGAGAGCACUCCUACAUAGAGGUGAGACAUUUUAAAGACUAACUAACAACACACGGCAGCAUAAUAGAGCUGUGGGAAUUAUUUAAACUACCUAACUACCUAUAUAUCAAGUAUUAGAAGAUACUAAUGAAAAAAUAUUUUACAUUUCUGUUACAAACUGAUGAUUGAUCCAAUAAGAAACUCAAAACACAGUCUACAUGCAUACAAAAUCCCUGUUAUUGUAGCUGACAGGGUCAAAGCUCACACCUAUGUGCAAAGAAAUUAAGAUGCACAAGCAAUUGUACAGGAAUUUGAAUCAUAAAAAAGGUUUGAAGUACAAUGUGUGUCUAUAGAAGUUUCACUAACAAAGACCAUGCCAAUGGCUGUAUGGAAUAAGAAAAAAUGUAUUACACGUUAUGAACAAAUGUGGAAUACUGGGAGG